AUGACCAUUGCAUUGAGUCAAAGGUCAAUGGAAGGUAUUGAUGACCUUAAAAAGAGCUGUUUUGGUGGACAAUUUUGGGGAUGCCUGGUUGGAAUGGGUCCAAGAGAGAAUGGGAGAAAAAUUGAUGGGACGAAUGAGGAAGAAGAUAACACUGAGCUGAAUGAAGAAGGAAGGCCAGUGCAGACUUCCAGGCAGAGGCCCCCCCUCUGCAGCUGCCACUGCUGUGGCCUUCCCAAGCGCUACCUCAUUGCCAUUAUGAGUGGGCUGGGCUUCUGCAUUUCCUUUGGGAUUCGGUGCAAUCUUGGAGUAGCCAUCGUGGAAAUGGUCAACAACAGCACUGUAUAUGUUGAUGGAAAACCAGAAAUUCAGACAGCACAGUUUAACUGGGAUCCAGAGACAGUGGGCCUUAUCCAUGGAUCUUUUUUCUGGGGUUAUAUUGUGACACAAAUUCCAGGUGGUUUCAUUUCAAAUAAGUUUGCUGCUAACAGGGUCUUUGGAGCCGCCAUCUUCUUAACAUCAACCUUGAACAUGUUCAUCCCUUCUGCGGCCAGAGUGCAUUACGGCUGUGUCAUGUGUGUCAGAAUCUUGCAAGGUCUAGUGGAGGGUGUGACCUACCCUGCCUGCCAUGGGAUGUGGAGUAAGUGGGCACCACCUUUGGAGAGAAGCCGACUGGCCACAACCUCUUUUUGUGAUGAAAAUGGAGGCCAUCCAUCUUACCUGAAAACCCGCGAGGAAUGGCAGAAUGUGUUCCUUAUAGCGGCCCUGGUGCACUACAGUGGUGUGAUCUUCUAUGGAGUCUUUGCUUCGGGGGAGAAACAGGAGUGGGCUGACCCUGAGAAUCUCUCUGAGGAGAAGUGUGGAAUCAUUGACCAAGAUGAAUUAGCGGAGGAGACAGAACUCAACCACGAGAGUUUUGCAAGUCCCCAAAAGAAGAUGUCUUAUGGUGCCACCACCCAGAAUUGUGAAGUCCAGAAGAAGAAAUGGAGAGGACAGAGCGGAGUGACCCUCGAUGAGGAAGAGCUGACAUCCUACCAGAAUGAAGAGGGAAACUUCUCAGAUACAGCCUAAUGUCUGAGGGGCACUUCCGUCUUCUCUUAACCUAGAGCCAGAAAGUAUCCAUACCUAUUGCCUUUCCUAUAGCCCGGCUUGCCAGAGGGUCAAAUAUGGUGAUACUGGAGGUAGGAGAGGGGAGGAGAGGAAAGCUAAUCAGCAAUAGAGAAAGAAAGGAAAAAUAUUAUCUUGCAAUGACAUGUUAGGGUAUGGAGCUUGCUCCCAGUUGACAAAAUGGGGAUAAAUAUAUAAUUUUUUUUGGAUUGGCAGUUGACUCUUCUCAAAGAAGUGUUCUCAAAGUUUCUCAAAGAACUGAACUUAUUCAGAAAGGAAUGACUAGAAGAAUAAGGGAGACAGUACCAUGCUGUUCAAAGAAAAAUCGAAGGAACUGAGCAUAUUUGGCCUGGAGCAGAGAAAAUAGUAGCUGUCACCUCAUUUCUGAGGGCAGCCAUGUAGAAAAGGGUUUCCUAUUCCCAAUAAAGCCUAUUGCUCAUGGAGGCCCUGCAUUGUGCCAGGUGCUUUGUAAACAUUCUCAUUUAAUUUCCACACCACUAUGACAUACCUUUCUUGUCUUUAUUUUACAGCUAAGGACACUAGAGCAACAAAAUAUUGAUUUGCCCAAGGGCCAGGGCUGAGACUGGUGGGGUCCAAAAUAGGUGGCAGUUUUGGGAAAGAAGUUUUCACGUCAAAGUAGAGAAGACUUUUUUUUUUUUUAAUGAAAACUGAAACUGGAGAGGGUUGUCUUGGGGAUAAUUCCUGAUUUUGGCAGGCAUGGGGGAUGGGAAACAUCUGGGUUGGUAUGAAAGCAUUGGUAUUUAUGAGGGGCUGGAUUCAAAGAUCCUGGGUUCGGAGAGAGGUUAAAACAUAACAAAGAAAAGAAAAAAAAAAAGAAAAAUAAGCUAAGUAAGAUAGCUAAAUUUUUAGGAAUCUGAUGUCCAGAAUGGCAAGGGCUUGGCUAAAUUUUGACCCUUCAUGGUAUCAAGAAUGUAGUUAAAUAAAUAAUGCCCCAAAUUACUUAUACAUCUUUAAGACAUUUAGUAAUUUAAGAAGUUGGUUCAUGUGUUUUAUUGGGUAAAAUUCUCUUGGAAGAGUCUUCUGUUUUAAAAAAUGUAUGUCUUUAGCCAUUUCUGCUAGUGAUAUUUGGAAGUUUGAUCAAACUAUGCACAACUAUGGUUGAAGUAUUCCUAAUGACUGUAUUUGGAAUGGUAUUGGGGAAAAUCACAAUAAUAUAGUAGUAAUUGAAAUGAAAUGGGAAAUGAAAUGAAAGCAUGAAUGAAAGCACCUGUGACAACUAGACCCAUAGCUAAUGUUGAAAAAUUCAUCUUUGAUUGCAUAAGGCAAUAACAUGGAUACUCUCUGGAUAUAUUUUAAAAUCUAAUGAUAUUUUAAAAUUUAAAGUUGGCA